GGUCCGCGGGGCUGCGGGUGGCGUCCUCCUGCCGGCGCCGGAGCGGGGCUGGAGGCAGGGCCGGGGCGCGGCGCGGGGCCGCGGUGCUCCGCGGUGCUCCGCGCUGCUCGGCGCUCCUCCGGGCUCGGCGCGCACAGGAGGAAGUAACAGGACAACGAUCAGACAUCAGGCACGAGGAGUCCCUGACGCUGAAGCGAAAUUGGACGUUCCUGUUGGCUCCAUACGUACCUAUGGUGGGUCCAGCCUGAGAGGAUUAUGGCAGGAAAAGUGAAAUGGGUCACUGAUAUUGAGAAGUCAGUGCUGAUAAAUAACUUUGAAAAGAGAGGAUGGGUCCAAGUGACAGAAAAUGAAGAUUGGAAUUUUUACUGGAUGAGUGUGCAAACCAUCCGAAACGUUUUUAGUGUUGAAACUGGCUAUCGGCUCUCAGAUGAUCAAAUAGUCAACCAUUUUCCGAACCACUAUGAACUGACCCGGAAGGAUCUGAUGGUGAAGAAUAUUAAAAGAUAUAGGAAGGAGCUGGAAAAGGAGGGGAGUCCUCUAGCAGAAAAAGAUGAAAAUGGGAAAUACCUCUAUCUGGACUUUGUUCCAGUCACCUACAUGCUGCCCGCCGACUACAACCUGUUCGUGGAGGAGUUCAGGAAAAGCCCCUCCAGCACCUGGAUCAUGAAACCUUGUGGCAAAGCCCAGGGGAAGGGCAUCUUUCUGAUCAACAAGCUCUCACAGAUCAAAAAGUGGUCCCGUGACAGCAAAACAUCUUCGUUUAUGACUCAGUCUACUAAGGAAGCCUACGUGAUCUCUCUCUACAUUAACAACCCGUUGCUAAUCGGUGGGAGGAAGUUUGACCUGCGCUUGUAUGUUCUGGUGUCGACCUACCGCCCGCUGCGCUGUUACAUGUAUAAACUUGGAUUUUGCCGUUUCUGCACAGUGAAGUACACCCCAAGCACCAGUGAGCUGGACAACAUGUUUGUUCACCUUACCAACGUCGCCAUUCAGAAACAUGGGGAAGACUACAACCACAUCCACGGAGGCAAGUGGACCGUGAGCAACCUGCGGCUCUACCUGGAGAGCACCAGAGGCAAGGAGGUGACCAGCAAGCUGUUUGACGAGAUCCACUGGAUUAUUGUGCAGUCGCUGAAGGCUGUGGCGCCGGUGAUGAACAACGACAAACACUGCUUCGAAUGCUAUGGGUACGAUAUCAUCAUCGACGACAAGCUGAAGCCCUGGCUGAUCGAGGUGAACGCGUCCCCAUCUCUUACCUCCAGCACUGCCAACGACCGAAUCCUUAAGUAUAACCUGAUCAACGACACCCUCAAUAUUGCCGUACCUAAUGGCGAGAUUCCGGACUGUAAAUGGAACAAGUCACCCCCGAAGGAAGUUCUCGGCAAUUACGAAAUUCUCUACGAUGAGGAGCUGGCGCAAGGUGACGGGGCCGACCGAGAGCUGAGAAGUCGUCAGGGCCAGUCGCUGGGGCCCAAAGGGGGCCGAUCAAGAGACUCGGGGAGAACUGUCCUCACAACCUGGAAGUGACCACCAGGCCGGAAGAACUGGUUCACAAAUGUACGAAACUAGCUCUUUCCGCAGAGAAUAACAGCCUCAGCGUGUGACGUAGGUUAUUACGAGGUGUUCACCUUUUAAAACACGAUUGCACCGACUUAAAAACGAAACCUGAAGAUCUUACAGAGUCACGCUGCUGUGGGAAAACGAGGUAUCUCACCUGACAGCCGUUGUGGCGCCGUCCCCUUUCCCUGGACAACGACUCUGAGGAAGACCGGCAACUGGAAAUGUUUGUCGGGAACUGGUCUUUACAGAGGCCUCUGUGUCGGUGCUGCCAAAAGAGACCAGCCUCUGUUCCGUGACGUCGCUUUUGUAGCUGGGUCUGUCAGAUGAGCCCAGACAGUUCCCGCCAUGUGGCUCAUCUGACGUCAGCAUCUGGGUUUGCUGCAGACCAGAGGUAAGCGUUGUUGGCAGCCGGCAGCCGGGCCCAGCUCCUGGGGUGGGGGGGGUGUUGACGUGCAGCCACCCUGGACACUGAAUGACCUACAGGAAUAUCGGGAAGCCCUGAGUCAGUUGGGUAGAGUGACUGAGCAACCACAACCCCUGAGAGGCGGGCUACUUUUAGUAAUAGCUUUUUCCUGAUGGUCAUACUUGACGCUACUGUUCACUGAUGCUUCAGUCACUGUCUUUUUUUUUUUUUUUUUUUUUUGAAGAUGUUAUUUGUUCAUGAGAGGCAGAGGGGAAAAGCAGGCUCCAUGCGAGGAGCACGAUGUGGGACUCGAUCCCGGGACUCCGGGAUCACACCCUGGGCCGAAGGCAGGUGCUCAACCGCUGAGCCCCCCAGGUGUCCCUAGAUCGCUCCAUCCUAAUGACCUGAUCUGUGCAGCCCUUGAUUUUAGGUCCAGUGUUGAUGGCGGGUGUGGCCCUGAGUUUGAGUCAGACCUGGGCUGGAGGCCUGGCUUUGCCAUUUAUUUGUGUGUCUCAAGGCCUGUCCAGUGGAUCUUUGGAUUCAUUAUAUCUGCCUCAGAAAGAGCCAGUGCCACCGGGUCCGGCCUGCCCCGCUGGCGCCAGGGCUCGCUUGUGUCGUCUUACCCAGGAGGGCGGAACCCACGUGGCCGAUGGCCUCCACCCCUGGCUUCUGCACACAGCUUUUCCACCCACUGCUUCCUACAUCCCAGCGUCUCAGUCCUGUUGCUUUAGUUUGGUUCUCAGUGUCUCAGUGUCUCUGGGAGAAGGGUGGAGUCCCCAGCUGGGAAUUCCUUGUUGACCUCAGUCAGAGCACGAAGGGCAACUCCAUUGUCAGGAGUAGGGUGUUCCGUUUGCCGAUGAGCGGGUUGCUAGGUGAGAGCGAGCGUCUGCUAAAUAGAUUUCUGUCAAAUAUUGACUGUUACAUUAGUGAUGUCAUGUUCUGGGGCAGAUGUUUCCUCUGAACGCUUCCAGAACACACAUGAGUGGGAAGAGUGCGAUGGCCGAAGCAGGCCAUGGAAAUUCGUGGAUUAUAAACGCUGUUCGUCACUGGGCCCAGGGCUCCAGAGCAAAUUUUUUCCCAGAGCAAAUUCGUCAUUUGCCUGCUUGCCAGGUGGGCUGUUCCCCUGUAUUCCUUGGUGGCUGCUCAAGCUGGGAACCAAGGUGUCUCCUAAGUGUCCCCCUUCCCCCACUCCACAGCCCCAAAGCCUGGUGACAGCCUCCUCACUGAGCCUCCUUCUUCCCCUGGGCCUCCCCCCCUGGACUCCUGAUGAGCCCCCUCCCACCCAGUCAGGCUCCAACCUCAGGCCAGCAGGAUUUUUUUUAACUUGGGGCCAUUUCUCCCCAACGUGUGGUGGUUCUUCAGCUCCCUCCCCAAAGGACAAAAAGCCUAUUGUCCUUGGGAAGAUUCGGGAGGCCCUCCGUACACACUUUGUCCACCAGCCCUAGAUUCACCUGACUUUUCCCUGCCUGGCCAUCUCUCUUCCCUCUGACCGUUUCCAGCUCUGCUGCUGGCCGUGGUGCUUCCUCCAAGCCACCUGGCCACCUGGCCCUUGGUCUCCCCAUCCUCAGCCUGUCAGCCUCCCCUGGGCCAGGGAGGCAGCUGAGGGUCUGCUGUGGGGACCCUGGCCAGCUUGUCUUUGGGCCCAGCACCUGGUUGGGCUCAGUACCUGGGACCGCUCAGCGACCAGGCACCCACAGGGUGUCCACUGUGUUAUUUAACAGGUGCUGUGCCUAAGCAGAGUGCUCUCUGGGUAUUUCAGGUUCCAUUAUGAGGCCACAGGAGCAUCAUCCAGUUUUGUUUCCUGUUUCUCAUUUGGGGAGAUGAUGUAUUAUUAUGUCUUCUGACUUACCCCAACUGAACUAUAUUGUAUCUCAUAAGCUUUUAAGUUAAAAAUAGCAUUUCCAUAUUUUUGUGCCUGGCAGCUUUCAGAGCGGUUCGUCUCAUGCUCACUCCCCUCAUGGCUGGUGCUCCUUGAGCAGAAACAGGGCCUGGGGGUCUGAGAUGUCCCCUGUAGGGAGCCACAGGCUUCCCCUGCCUGCCACUUCCUUUUGUCCUUUUUUUUUUUUUCCUUUUUCAAAUUUAGCUCCCUUGAUUUUUCUCAUAUAAAAAUGCUGCCCAAUAGCUCCUUUUAGAGCCCACAUUCUCUUUCUGAGUCCUCAGGUGGAUCUUCAGAGACCUGAGCAAAGUCUCCUUCCAGGAUUCUGGGGUGAGGAAGCUGUAGCUUGGAAGGGGCUUCAAAGGUGGCUGGGCAGAUGGCCCAGGUGACCAUGUAGCCCUGGUGGCCGUGUAGCGGGCCUCACUGACCACCCCUGGCAGCAGCUUCUUAGGGACACCAGGCAUCCCCAUAGAACUCUGGUGGCAGGGGCCAGUGGGACCUUGCUGGCCUUGGUCCUUGUGGCCAUCUAUCCUGGGAUACUGGAGGCUUGACCAAGAUGGUAGCCCUGUGGGUGGCAGCAGCAGCUUCCUUGGAGCACCUGACACCCACUGAGUAGCCCCUAGUGCUACUUAGGGCUUCAGACCUGGUCUCUGGGUCUACUUCAUCUUUAGGACCUCACCCUCGAGUAACAUCAGUGGUGAGACUUCUUGGCGGGUGCAAGGGUUUGGUUAGUGUGCCUCCAAAAUUCGUGUCAACCUGGAAGCUCAGAAGGGGACCUUAUUUGAAGACAGGUCUUUGUAGGUGUAAGUAAUUAAGGAUCUCAAGAUGAAACCAUCUUGGGUUAGGGUGGACCCUAAAUCUAAUGACUGGCGUCCUUAUCAGAGGAGAGACACACAGACACACAGGCCAUGUGAAGAUGAAGACAGAGGCAAGGGGUGACGCAGCCACUCGCUACAGAGUGCCAAGCAAGCUGGCAGCCACCAGAAGCUGGAAGAGAGGAAAGAACACUCUCCCCCAGAAUCCUCCCUCAGGAGGAACCUACCCUGAAAACACUGUGAUCUCGGACCCUGGCCUCCAAAACUGGGAGAGAAUAAAUUUCUGCUGUUUCAGGCCACCAGAUGUGUGGUAAUUUGUUACAGCAGCCCUAGAAAACCAAUACAGGGGGUAAGGGAGGAGAGAGCUCCAGGGAGCUGGCCCACCUGGGGACAGGUGACACACCCUGUUCUCUCUCAGGUUUGCUGCCUCAGCCCGCAGCCUGCCUAGCCUUACGAUGAUGAUGAUGAUGAAGACUCUCAGCACGGGUGUCUUCUGGAGUGUGUCCUUGGAGAAGGGUUAUGCCUCACUCCCCCGCUGUCCUAGGCUCCCGCCUCCCCACCUGGUGGCCCAGCCCAGCUGUGAGCGCCCCGUUCUCUGGUUAGCUCUCACCUGAGCAUCCCACCAAGUUAGACGCUUCGGAGAAAGAGUGUUCUGGGGGGGUUUUGGUAGUGUGAUCACUGUGUGUGACUAUGAUUGCUGAUACUGUGGGGGGUGGGGGGACUUCCUGCCUAAGUGACAAUAACGGCACCAUGCCGCCUGCAGCUGGGACUAGUCCACUGAUCACCAGUGCUUUUGUGCUCUGGUGUCUGACUCAGGCCCAUUCUCAAUGCUUCCCCCUCCCUCACCUUUAAAUUCCAGACGGGAACUGAGUCUUCGUGAUUUUUCUGUCCUGCCUUUGGUCCCCACUGUCACCU